UCAGGUGACAUUGCUUAUAAUCUACACACUUGGCGUUCAGAGGGGAAGAAACAAAAUUGUAAAUUCUACAAUCUAGGAGACCGGUUUAUGACGAUUAUGGAGAAUGUUGCGGCAUAUGUGCCGUAUCUGGUAAUUGCUGGUAACCAUGAAAAUGAGGAGAAGAAUGAGAACAGACCAGAUCCGCCUGGCCCGGAUUCAUCAUUUUUCAAUCCACAAUACGAACAUUUUGAAUCGCGCUUUUUUAUGCCGAGGAAUCUAACUAACCAUGCUACAAAUCAUUAUUAUCAGUACACAUAA